AUGGUAUGGAUGUUAACGAAAAAUAAACCCCCGAUUCAACAAAUAACUUUAGAAUAUAAUGAUGAUAAACAUAAUCAAAUUUUGAAACAAUGUAAACAAUCAUCAAAUAAUAUAUCAUUAUAUCCACAAUUUUUACCAAAAAAUGAAUAUAAUCAAGUAUUUGAACGUUUAGAUUUAACACAAUGUUCAAUAGUUGGUUAUGGUUAUCCAACCAAAGAACAGCUAAAAAAUUUGGAUAAAAAAUUAAAAAAUGAAAUUUUACAAAAACCAUAUGGUUCAUUACAUUCAAUACAUAUACCGGUUAUGAAUGAAUUAUCAAUUAUUGAUAAUAAUGAUAUUUGUUUAAGAUAUUAUAAUGAUGAAUAUAGACCAAAAGAAACAUUUUGUAUUGGUCCAGAACAAUCAUCAUUAUUAGCUAUAUUUAAUGGUGAUCAUGGUUCACCAUUAAUUUGUUCAUCAUUAGAUGGUGGUUAUCGUGUAUUAGGUUUAAUUACAAAUCAAUUACAAAUGAAUACAAAUAAUCAUCGAUUUCCACCAAUAUUAUUUACAAACACUAGAAAAUCCAAAACAUACUGA